GUUGGAGGAAGCGUUUUGGUCCGUAGGCUUGUGGCAGGGAACGGGGUCUAUUGUCUGUGUUUGACUCCGUAGUUUGGUCAGAGGCCUUCCGGAGCUUUCCCGGGGGAGUCGGCAGAGGCUCCCGCUUCCGCCCCCGCCCCUCCCCUCCGUCCCCCGGUCCGGGAGGGACCGAGCCCGCGUCACGCCCCUCAGCGCUCGCCGAUCCCUUCUCUGUCGUUGCAUCCGCAUCGCACCCCCGGAAUCAGACGGUGCCCCAUAGAUGGCCAGCUUUCCCCCGAGGGUCAACGAGAAAGAGAUCGUGAGAUCACGUACUAUAGGUGAACUUCUAGCUCCAGCAGCUCCCUUUGACAAGAAAUGUGGUCGUGAAAAUUGGACUGUUGCUUUUGCUCCAGAUGGUUCGUACUUUGCUUGGUCACAAGGACAUCGUACAGUAAAGCUUGUUCCCUGGUCCCAGUGCCUUAAGAACUUUCUCUUGCAUGGCACCAAGAAUAUCACCAAUUCAAGCGGUUUGAGACUGUCAAGACAAAAUAGCGAUGGUGGUCAGAAAAAUAAACCUCGUGAACAUAUUAUAGACUGUGGUGACAUAGUCUGGAGUCUUGCUUUUGGAUCUUCGGUUCCAGAAAAACAGAGUCGCUGUGUCAAUAUAGAAUGGCAUCGAUUCAGAUUCGGACAGGAUCAGCUGCUCCUUGCCACAGGAUUAAACAAUGGGCGUAUCAAAAUAUGGGAUGUAUAUACAGGAAAACUCCUCCUUAACUUGGUAGAUCAUACUGAAGUGGUCAGAGAUUUAACUUUUGCUCCAGAUGGGAGCUUGAUCCUAGUAUCAGCUUCAAGAGACAAAACUCUGAGAGUCUGGGACCUGAAAGAUGAUGGAAACAUGAUGAAAGUAUUCAGGGGCCAUCAGAACUGGGUGUAUAGCUGUGCAUUCUCUCCUGACUCUUCUAUGCUGUGUUCAGUGGGAGCCAGUAAAGCAGUUUUCCUUUGGAAUAUGGAUAAAUAUACCAUGAUACGGAAACUAGAAGGACACCACCAUGAUGUUGUAGCUUGUGACUUUUCUCCUGAUGGAGCAUUACUGGCUACUGCAUCUUAUGAUACUCGAGUAUAUAUCUGGGAUCCACAUACUGGACACAUUGUGAUGGAAUUUGGGCACCUGUUUCCCCCACCUACUCCAAUAUUUGCUGGAGGAGCAAAUGACCGAUGGGUACGGUCUGUGUCUUUUAGUCAUGAUGGACUGCAUGUUGCAAGCCUUGCUGAUGAUAAAAUGGUGAGGUUCUGGAGAAUUGAUGAGGAUUAUCCAGUUCAAGUUGCACCUUUGAGCAAUGGUCUUUGCUGUGCCUUUUCUACUGAUGGCAGUGUUUUAGCUGCUGGGACACAUGAUGGAAGUGUCUAUUUCUGGGCCACUCCGAGGCAAGUUCCUAGCCUUCAACAUUUGUGUCGCAUGUCGAUCCGGAGAGUGAUGCCCACCCAAGAGGUCCAGGAGCUACCGAUUCCUUCCAAAGUUUUGGAGUUUCUCUCCUAUCGUCUCUAGAGGGCUCUGUCUUCCCUCGUCCUAGGGUCUGACAGAGCACACUUGACACAAACCUCAAGCUUGACUGACUUCAAGUAUCUGUUCUUCAAGGUUUAGAAGACUUAUUUAAUUUGAUACAUUCUUGUGCAUUUUGAUCAUUUGAGCAUAUUAAAAUAUUAUUUAUAGACUAUAGGAGAACUGUUUCCAGACAUAUCACAUGUAAAAUUUUUUUUUCCUAAAAUUUAACUGUGAAACCAUAUACAUACAUGUAUAUAUUUAGAUAAAAGCUGCUACAUGUUGAAUGGACCCUUCUGCUUUUUUAACUUUUAGUUCCAACAUGUAUAUACUGCUUCAGUAGAGCUGCAAUACCUAGCUUCACUAUAAAAUGGAAGGAAUUUUUUUAUUCUGGGCCACUGAGUUAGAUGGUAAAUACUGGCUAAAGAAAGCUGGUUCCUGAUUUUUUAAAAUACAAAUUUGGUUGCGAGUGGGAGGAGUCAGGCAUCUGAUCUGCAGGUAAAACCCACAGGGAAAGGAUCUUAUUUUCUUUAGGAAUGGCAUCCGAGAGGUAGAAUUUGAAUGUGACAUCAUUAAAUAAAAACAGAGCCAGGGUAUAACUAGGAAAA